CAGACCAAUCCAGUGCGAGAGAAAACGUUCAAAACAACGUGUUUCGGUGUCGAGUGCGAUUCGUGAUUUUUUUUUGGUGAUACAAAUUUCAUAAAUUAUUAAAAUUACUGAGGGAGUUUUAGUACCUCUUCAUUAGGAAUAUUUGCCCAACGAUGGCAUCUACAAGAAUAAAGAAACCAACCACGCGUCGUGGGAAACGAUUCCUGGACGAACGGGAACCCAAAACGAUAGAGAAUCCCAAGAAAACCUUGAUCAUGGAAGGGCGAAAGUGUUCCAACGAAAUUCGGCAGGCGCUGAAGGAUUUCAAUCUGCUGAAGAAGCCACUGGUGAGACUGAUGAGAAGGAACAACGACGUCACUAUGUUUGAGGAUUCGACACCACUGGAACAAUUGGCCAAAUCGAACGAUUGUCACCUUUUCAUGUUUGGUUCGUCAUCCAAGAAGCGCCCGAAUAAUCUCAUUUUGGGACGAAUCUACGACGAGCAGAUACUGGAUAUGGUCGAACUUGGUAUCUCUAACUUCAAAGGUCUGCAGGAUUUCAAAACCGAGAAGAUCUCUGCCUUCGUGAAACCGGUUAUAGUGUUCAACGGCUAUAAAUGGAAACUGACGGAAGAGCUGCGACGUCUCCGGAGCCUAUUGCUGGACAUGUUCCACAUCGACAAUGUUUCCACUAUGCGACUGCAAGGCAUUGAACACGUGAUCAGUUUCACGAUCACCGAAGAUUUGUCCAUUCUGAUGCGUUCGUACCGAAUUCAGUUGAAAAAGAGCGGCCAGAGGACUCCCCGCAUCGAGCUGCAAGAGAUGGGACCGUCGAUGGAUUUCUCGAUAAGGCGGACGAAGAUCGCUUCGGAAGAUCUGUUCAAAACGGCCAUGAAGCAGCCGGCCAUAUUGAAGGUCGCCAAACGGAAGAACGUAUCGCGGGAUGAGUUCGGUAACGUGCACGGUCGGGUACACGUUGGCAAGCAGGAUAUCAACGCGAUACAGACGAGAAAGAUGAAGGGUCUGAAGAAGACGGCCGAGGAAAAGAAAGCAGGGCGUGCCAAAAAGAAGCGUCAAUCGGCGGGAAGUUCGGCUGGAGAGGGCUCGGAACAGGAAUACGACAACGAGGGUAUGGAUGAGACCGGAGAGGGCUCCGGAAUGGACGUCGACAGCGAUUAGUGGAUCGAGAUGUUGACAGAAUGAAGUGAGCUUGCAGAGAUAAGCUUCAAUCUUAGCGUAAGUUAGGUAAGAAAUAUUAAAAAUUUACUAUUUCA